AUGAACUCUCGUUUUGCUUUCCUCUUUUCUAGUCUUGUUAUAUUUCUGAUUACAGCCACUACUGCUUCGGGUGGCAGUAAUGAAACCGAUUACCAGGCAUUGUUGCAGUUGAAGUUGAUGAUUACCCAUGAUCCACAUGAAGCUCUAAGCUCAUGGAACACUUCCUCUCAUUUCUGUAAUUGGAGUGGUGUUUCAUGUGGGAAGCGACACAGAAGAGUCACUGCUCUACGACUGUAUUCGCAAGAACUUGAAGGGUCGUUGUCUCCAUAUGUAGGGAACCUCAGCUUCCUUCAUUUCUUUUCUAUCGCAAACAAAAGCUUGCAAGGAAUGAUCCCACCAGAGCUGGGUCGUCUAUCCAGGCUACGGAUCCUCAAUCUUGGCCAUAACAAAUUUAACGGGGUCAUUCCAACUAACCUGUCUGGUUGUUCUAACAUUGAAGAGCUUAGACUUUAUUAUAACAAUUUAGUCGGAAGCAUACCUGAAGAGAUCAGUUUCCUCCCGAAACUUACUCUUUUUGCAGUUGGAUUUAAUUACUUAGCAGGUGGAAUCCCCCCUGUCUUGGGGAACAUAACAUCCAUGGAAGUGUUCUCGAUAGCCUACAAUCCGUUGGGUGGGAGCAUUCCGGACACGUUAGGCCAAUGGAAAAGCUUAAUAGAGUUUGGCGUUGGUCUUUGUAACUUAUCUGGAGUCAUCCCUCAUUCCAUUUUUAACCUCUCACUCCUUACUCAUUUUUCCGUGGCUGAGAAUCAGCUUACUGGUACUCUUCCCUCGUUGUUAGGUGCAAUGCUCCCUCAUCUUGAGUACCUUCAGAUAUGGGGUAACCAACUGAAUGGACCUCUUCCACCCUCGAUAUCUAAUUGUUCCAAAUUACAACUUGUCGAAGUGAACAACAACAAUUUUAGGGGGAAGUUGACAAUCAACUUUGCUGUUCAAAAAGAUCUCGUCUUUUUAGACUUAGGUGAUAACAUGUAUGGAUCCGGACAAGCUGAUGAUAUGAAGUUUAUUGAUUCUUUAAAAAACUGCAGCAAAUUAGAUACAUUAGAUGUUCGUAGGUGCAAGUUAAAAGGAGUGUUGCCAACGUCAAUUGGUAAUCUUUCUGAUCAACUUUCUUGUCUAGAUCUAGGAGGAAAUUAUUUAUAUGGACACCUCCCAUCAGGAAUAGGUAUAGUAGGCUUGACCACAUUAUAUUUACGGAAGAACCGAUUCACGGGAAAAAUCCCCUCCACCAUUGGUAAGCUUCAAAAGCUACAACUUCCUUAUCUAUAUGAGAAUCAGUUUUCAGGGCCCAUUCCAGAUGCCAUCGGGAACUUGUCAUUAUUGACUAGACUCGAUUUAAGUUCCAACAGAUUGGAAUGGCAUAUUCCAUCAAGCCUGGGAAAUUGUAGCCAUCUAUUGGAGUUGUACCUUGAAGAGAAUAAACUCAGUGGCAGAAUACCUAAAGAACUUCUUCAAAUUUCAUCUCUAACCAUAGCAUUAGAUCUCUCUCAAAACAACCUGUCUGGGUCACUUCCAACAGAGGUUGGAGACCUCAACAUGUUGACUUCUCUAGAUUUGUCUAAUAAUAAUUUAUCAGGUAACAUUCCCAAUAGCAUUGGUGGUUGCACUAGCCUUGUAUUCUUAUCCCUCAAAGGUAACCUCUUUCAAGGCAUGGUACCUUCGUCGAGAGGAGUUUCAACACUCGAUCUUUCUCAUAAUAAGUUAUCGGGACAAAUUCCUCAAUUCUUGCGACGGUUCUCAUUUGAAUAUGUAAAACUAUCCUUUAAUGAUUUCGAGGGUGAAGUACCAAUCCAAGGUGUGUUUGCCAAUGCAAGCGCAUUCUCUGUUUUGGGAAAUAGUAGGCUUUGUGGUGGCUUGCCUGAACUUGGGUUGCCCAAAUGCAAGGAGACACAUGAUAAACAUAAAAAAAGGUUUCCUUUGUUCGUCAUAUUCAUUCUGAUUGCAUCCACACUUUUUACCAUAUCAUGUUUUACAUAUGUUUGGUGUAAGAAAAGGAAGGGCCAGCUAUCUCUAUCAUCAAAGGACGAACGGUUCAUGAAAGUAUCAUAUGGUCAACUUCUAAAGGCUACCAAUGGAUUCUCCGAGGACAAUUUGAUUGGUGAGGGUGGGUUCAGCUCUGUUUAUAAAGGAGUCCUUGGUGAUCAUGUUGAUAGAAUUGUUGCAGUCAAACUCAUACAUCUUCAAAACCGAGGUGCUCACAAAAGCUUUAUAGCAGAGUGUGAAGCAUGGCGAAGUAUUCGACACCGGAAUCUAUUGAAGAUUAUAACUUCGUGUUCAAGUGUUGAUUUUCAAGGAAAUGACUUCAAAGCUUUGGUAUACGAGUUCAUGCCCAAUGGGAGUCUACAUGAUUGGUUGCAUUCAACUGCAAGUGUAUCCAAACUGAAUCUUCUUCAAAGAAUAAAGACUCUCAUUGAUGUAGCAUCCGCACUUGAUUAUCUUCACAAUCACUGCCUACCAACCAUCGUUCACUGUGACGUGAAGCCUAGCAAUAUUCUACUCGAUGAUGAUAUGGUGGCCCAUGUUGGAGACUUUGGUUUAGCUCGAUUUAUUGGAACAAAUUCAAACCAAAACAGCACAAGUGGCAUUAGAGGAACAAUUGGAUAUGCACCACCAGAGUACGGUGUUGGGAGUGAGAUAACAAGUAGUGGAGAUGUCUACAGUUUUGGAAUACUAUUGUUGGAGGUGAUGACAGGGAAGAGGCCCACCGACAACAUUUUUAACGAAGGCCUUAGCCUUCAUGAGUUUGCAGACAUGGUCAUGCCAGACCAUGUAACUGAUGUUAUUGAUGAUGAUCUUCUGAAUUUUCUUCAAGAGGAUGCUAUUGCUACACAAUAUACAUCAGCACAUGCAAAGAAAAUAGAGGAAUGUUUGUCUUCAACUGUCAAGAUUGGAGUAUCAUGCUCCAUGGAGUCCCCACUACAACGGAUGAAUAUCGAAAAUGUUGUCCAUGAGUUGCAACAUAUUCUGGAUAAGCUUCAAAAUAUGUGA